AUGGACAAGACCAGUGAGACGGGGGCGGGCAAGCACGUCCGGCGGGCUGUGGUCAUCGACUUGGAGCCCACGGUGAUCGACGAGGUGCGGACCGGCACCUACCCGCAGCUCUUCCGCCCCGCGCAGCUCAUCACGGGAAAGGAGGACAAGGCCGACCAGUGCACCGGACUGCAGGGGUUCCUGAUCUUCCACACUUUCGGGGGCGGCACCGGCUCGGGCGUCAUCUCCCUCCUCAUGGAGAGAUUGUCCGUCGACUACGGCAAGAAAUCCAAGCUGGAAUUUUCCGUCUACCCGGCGCCGCAGAUCUCCACCGCCGUGGUCGAGCCCUACAACGCGGUGCUGGUCACCCACUGCACCCUGGAGCACUCCGACUGCGCCUUCAUGGUGGACAACGAGGCCAUUUACGACAUCGUGUCGUCCAUCACCGCCUCGCUGCGCUUCGAUGGUGCCCUCAACGUGGACCUGACCAAGUUCCAGACCAACCUGGUCCUCUACCCGCGCAUUCACUUCCCGCUCGCCACCUACGCGCCCCUGAUAUCGGUCGAGAAUCUUACCACGAGCAAUUAUCGGUCGCCGAAAUCACCAACCCCUGCUUCGAGCCGGCCAACCAGAUAG